AUGGCUUGGAAUGUUGAUUUGCAGCUAAAGCAGGCAGUGCGAAGUGUGGAGAUCGAAGCCAAGCUGCUGCGCAAGGUCAACAAGAAAUUUGAACCUUUUCUCUAUGAGGACACUGUGGAUUUGUGUGAUUUCCUGGAGCGGCCACAGAAACGACAUAUCUUUUGGGGACGUGUCUAUAAGAUGGCCUUGAAAUAUUCCAAUUUGAAUCACACGUGUCCAUUUGAGGAUUUAAUUCUCGUUCGGAACUUCCUGUUCGAUGAUGAUGUCUUUAAGGUUCUGCCCUUUCCCAGAGGACAUUAUAUGAUGGAUUUGCGUUUUUUGCUGAAUGGAACACCCAAGGUCCAUGCGAAACUUUUGCGCUGGGAACAACAUCGCUAUCAGCCGUUUAUCUACGAUGAUCACAUUGAUGUCUGUGAUUUUUUGGAUAAUGCCAAACGUCAGGUUUUCUGGGGUCUUAUUUAUGAGACCAUAAAGAAAUUUUCGAAUUUUAAUCACAGUUGUCCAUUGGAUGAAAAGUUGGUUGUAAAAAAUUUCAUCUUCGAUAGUCGGCAAUUUAAAAUGGUACCCUUGCCCAGGGGCAAAUAUCUAUUGGAUUUUUUGUUAAGCACACAGC